AUGAUCCCGAAGCAAGAGCACGAGGCGUUUGCGCCCCACGGUUGGAAGAUUACUAUGAGUGCCUACACCACAAGAAAGAAGUUUUACGCCAGAGCGGUAGCCAUCCAGAACGCGCUACGAAAAGCCGAAGCAGCACACCCACGAGAGAAUGCGCCCAAAGUUGGCCAGAUCCGAAGUCUCGGCUUGAUAGGGAAGGAGGAUGAAACAAAGUCAAUACUCAGCGCGUCAUAA